GCUGCCUUCGUCUGGCCUUCGGCUGCCUGCGAAACGCGGACCGGGUGAUGCCCCAGGAGAAACCACUCUAGUAGUUCCGCUCGGAGGGCGGAAGUGCGCGUCUCAGUCUGUGCGGCUGACCAGUUAGCGACAUGGUGGCGCCCGUGCUGGAGACUUCUCACGUGUUUUGCUGCCCAAACCGUGUGCGGGGAGUCCUGAACUGGAGCUCUGGGCCCAGAGGACUUCUGGCCUUUGGCACGUCCUGCUCCGUGGUGCUCUAUGACCCCGUGAAAAGGGUUGUUGUUACCAACCUGAAUGGUCACACUGCCCGAGUCAAUUGCAUACAGUGGAUUUGUAAACAGGAUGGCUCCCCUUCUACUGAAUUAGUUUCUGGAGGAUCUGAUAAUCAAGUGAUUCACUGGGAAAUAGAGGAUAAUCAGCUUUUAAAAGCAGUCCAUCUUCAAGGCCAUGAAGGACCUGUUUAUGCGGUGCAUGCUGUUUACCAGAGGAGGACAUCAGAUCCUGCAUUAUGUACACUGAUCGUUUCUGCAGCUGCAGAUUCUGCUGUUCGACUUUGGUCUAAAAAGGGUUCAGAAGUAACGUGCCUUCAGACGUUAAACUUUGGAAAUGGAUUUGCUCUGGCUCUCUGCUUGUCUUUUUUGCCAAAUACUGAUGUACCAAUAUUAGCAUGUGGCGAUGAUGAUUGCAGAAUUCACUUAUUUGCUCAACAAAAUGAUCAGUUUCAGAAAGUGCUUUCUCUCUGUGGACAUGAGGAUUGGAUUAGAGGAGUGGAAUGGGCAGCCUUUGGUAGAGAUCUUUUCCUAGCAAGCUGUUCACAAGAUUGCCUAAUAAGAAUAUGGAAGCUGUAUAUAAAGUCAGCAUCUUCAGAAACUCAGGAUGCCAAUAACAUAAGACUGAAAGAAAAUACUUUUACCAUAGAAAAUGAAAGUGUUAAAAUAGCAUUUGCUGUUACUCUGGAGACAGUGCUGGCUGGUCAUGAAAACUGGGUAAAUGCAGUUCACUGGCAACCUGUGUUUUACAAAGAUGGUGUUCUACAGCAGCCAAUGAGAUUAUUAUCUGCUUCCAUGGAUAAAACCAUGAUUCUCUGGGCUCCAGAUGAAGACUCAGGAGUUUGGCUAGAACAGGUUCGAGUAGGUGAAGUAGGUGGGAAUACUUUGGGAUUUUAUGAUUGCCAGUUCAAUGAAGAUGGCUCCAUGAUCAUUGCUCAUGCUUUCCACGGAGCGUUGCACCUUUGGAAACAGAAUACAGUUAACCCAAGAGAGUGGACUCCAGAGAUUGUCAUUUCCGGACACUUUGAUGGUGUCCAAGACCUAGUCUGGGAUCCAGAAGGGGAAUUUAUUAUCACUGUUGGUACUGAUCAGACAACUAGACUUUUUGCUCCAUGGAAGAGAAAAGACCAAUCACAGGUGACUUGGCAUGAAAUUGCAAGGCCUCAGAUACAUGGGUAUGACCUGAAAUGUUUGGCAAUGAUUAAUCGGUUUCAGUUUGUAUCUGGAGCAGAUGAAAAAGUUCUUCGAGUUUUUUCUGCACCUCGGAAUUUUGUGGAAAAUUUUUGUGCCAUUACAGGAAAAUCACUGAAUCAUGUGCUUUGUAACCAAGAUAGUGAUCUUCCAGAAGGAGCCACUGUCCCUGCGUUGGGAUUAUCAAAUAAAGCUAUCUUUCAGGGAGAUAUAGCUUCUCAGCCUUCUGAUGAAGAGGAGCUGUUAACUAGUACUGGUUUUGAGUAUCAGCAGGUGGCCUUUCAGCCCUCCAUACUUACUGAGCCUCCCACUGAGGAUCAUCUUCUGCAGAAUACUUUGUGGCCUGAAGUUCAGAAACUAUAUGGGCAUGGUUAUGAAAUAUUUUGUGUUACUUGUAACAGUUCAAAGACUCUGCUUGCCUCAGCUUGUAAGGCAGCUAAGAAAGAGCAUGCAGCUAUCAUUCUUUGGAACACUACAUCUUGGAAACAGGUGCAGAAUUUAGUUUUCCACAGUUUGACAGUUACGCAGAUGGCCUUCUCACCCAACGACAAGUUCUUACUGGCUGUUUCCAGAGAUCGAACCUGGUCUUUGUGGAAAAAGCAGGAUACAGUCUCACCUGAGUUCGAGCCAGUUUUUAGUCUUUUUGCCUUCACCAACAAAAUUACUUCUGUGCACAGUAGAAUUAUUUGGUCUUGUGAUUGGAGUCCUGAUAGCAAGUAUUUCUUCACUGGGAGUCGAGACAAAAAGGUGGUUGUCUGGGGUGAGUGCGACUCCACUGAUGACUGUAUUGAGCAUAACAUUGGCCCCUGCUCCUCAGUCCUGGAUGUGGGUGGGGCUGUGACAGCUGUCAGCGUCUGCCCAGCGCUCCACCCAGCGCUCCACCCUUCUCAACGAUAUGUGGUUGCAGUAGGAUUGGAGUGUGGAAAGAUUUGCUUAUACACCUGGAAGAAGACUGAUCAAGUUCCAGAAAUAAAUGACUGGGCCCACUGUGUAGAAACAAGUCAAAGCCAAAGUCAUACACUUGCUAUCAGAAAAUUAUGCUGGAAGAACUGCAGUGGAAAAACUGAACACAAGGAAGCAGAAGAUGCUGAGUGGUUGCAUUUUGCAAGCUGUGGUGAAGAUCACACUGUGAAGAUACACAGAGUCAAUAAAUGUGCACUGUAAUGGACUUAAUAACUACAUGCUUGCAGUCACUGGUAUCUUAAAAUAAUAUCACGUAAAUAGAUCAUCUUUGCCUUCAUAA